AUUAACAAGAAAGGCAUUUGACUGUCAUUUCCACAACAUCUGUUCGGGAGAAUCUGCAAGAUCAAAAAUGGUCAAAAACACCAAUAUUCGAAUCAGUCUCCCUGCGGUUUGCUUUGUCUGGCAGAUUGCUAUGAUCAUCCUGUUUGGUGUGUUCAUCCGUUAUGAUGAGGAGUCUGACAGCCAUUGGAUCGAAACACGGAAAAAGAACAAUAUUUCCACUGAUUUAGAGAAUGACUUUUACUAUAGAUAUCCAAGUUUUCAGGAUGUGCAUGUGAUGAUCUUUGUUGGUUUUGGAUUCCUCAUGACCUUUCUGAAGCGUUACAGUUUUGGUAGUGUUGGAUUUAAUUUUCUCAUCGCAGCCUUUGGCAUUCAAUGGGCUCUGCUGAUGCAAGGCUGGUUUCAUUCCUUUGACAAAGAGGACUUGAAGAUAAAAAUCGGCGUUGAGAACCUCAUCAACGCAGAUUUCUGUGUGGCUGGUUGUCUCAUUGCAUAUGGUGCUUGUCUUGGAAAAGUCAGUCCUGUACAACUGAUGGUUCUUACUCUGUUUGGAGUCACUCUGUAUGCAGUUGAAGAGUACAUCAUUCUCUAUGUCCUUCAUGUGAGAGAUGCUGGUGGUUCUAUGGUCAUCCACACCUUUGGUGCAUAUUACGGUUUAACCAUAUCUUGGGUCUUGUAUCGACCAUUUCUGUCUCAAAGCAACCAUUUACAACGAUCUGUAUACCACUCUGAUGUAUUUGCAAUGAUUGGCACUCUGUUUCUUUGGAUGUUCUGGCCAAGUUUUAAUUCAGCAAUUGCGGAUCAUGGAGAUGGCCAGCAUCGAGCUGCUAUAAACACUUACCUAUCCCUGGCCGCAUCGGUUCUCACUACCUUUGCCCUUUCCAGUCUCUCAAAGAAAUAUGGAAAACUCGACAUGGUACAUAUUCAGAAUGCUACCUUGGCUGGUGGUGUAGCGAUGGGAACGGCUUCAGAGUUCAUGAUUACACCUUACGGCUCUCUGAUAGUGGGAUUCUGUUCGGGUAUUGUCUCCACCCUUGGAUAUGUCUUUCUGACUCCUUUAAUGGAAAAAACCUUGAAGAUACAAGAUACCUGUGGUGUACAUAACCUUCAUGCAAUGCCUGGAGUUAUUGGUGGAAUUGUUGGAGCUGUUACUGCAGCUUGUGCCAGUGAAUCUGUUUAUGGACAUGAAGGACUGAUUAACAUGUUCGGAUUUGAGGGUAAAGUGAACAGAACAGCCAGCGUUCAGGGAGGAUACCAGGCGGCAGGUAUCUUUGUAGCAAUAGCAUUCGGCCUUGUGGGAGGAGCUUUGGUUGGUGGCAUACUAAAGCUGCCAAUCUGGGGAGACCCAACAGACAGCAACUGCUUUGAUGAUGAUAUUUACUGGGAGGUUCCAGAGGAAGAGGAUGAAAAUAUUCCUGCUUUUGGACAUCAAAACAUGCAUCAUGUAGAAAGGACGCCAGAUGCACAUCACCGAAGUCAUGUGUAAGGGGGCAACACAACAACAGCAACCUGAAAAGUUCUACAUCUAAAAAAAUGAAGAUGGAAUAGGAAUCAUGGAGGCUUCAAAGAUUGAUUAGACAAGCUACUCAAUGGAAAAUUUUAAGUUUGUCAUGUGACAAGAUGUGAUGUGUGUUAGUCAAUGUCAUAAUCUUCAAGAAUCUUCUAUGUAGCACCAGACUAACCAGUGCUGCCACUGCUACUUCAGCAAAAACAAUUUCAAAAAGUCCUCAUGGCUUUAUUUCCUUUUUGAAUUCUUUGCAUUCCAACACCAGCGAUCUGACACUUCACCUUUUCUUUGUCUGGAAAAUAACUAUAUUAAUACAAUUUUAAGACUGUCAUACCUUUUUUUAUACACUUUUAUACUGAUAAUAAUCAUCAUAUAAUGAAUCUGUUCAGACUAAAGAAACAUUAGAAUUGUUAAACUAAAAAAAUAUGCCUAAAGCUGAUAAAAAAAAAA